UUUUGUUAUUUUUGUUUUUUCAGUAAUGGCAAAAUCGUAAUUAUAAUUAUCUUCUUCGUCCAGUUGUUUUAAUUUUCCUGCAACACUUUCAUGGCCGGCCAUAGAAUAUUGUAACGAUACAUCAAAAUAUCAUGUUUUCAUAUUGUUUUUGAGUUAAAUUGAUAGAUCUAUCCGAUUACGUUCAAUUUUAAGCACUAAAAUCCAAAUCAAAUCUAAGAAUUCGAUUUUUGGCCAAAAAUGGCCACAAAACUCUUACCCACUGUUAAACGCUCCAACACUGUGUAAUCUCAUGUCCCAGAUCUAUCUAACCCUAACUAAACAACCGGUGCCGUCUUCCUCUUCCACACCACGAGUUCGGAUCUGUUCGCCGUCGAGUCAUCAUCUCCACACCGGCGCUCGGACCUCCAGGCACAACGUGACUCAUUAUGUAAUUUCAAAGUGAAAUUGUAUCUCUAUGAAUAAUUGUUUUCUAUAAAGAUAAGAUCUACGAUUGUAAAGUUAACGGACAUUAAAAAUAGCAUGAUUUAGAAAUUCUUCAAAUUCAAAAAUAGCAUGUGUUAAUUUUCUUAUUAAAAAGGCUAGAACACAGGAAAUUAUAAAAAUAUAUUAACCAUGUUUAACCAUUUUAUACAUUUAGAAGAAAAAAAAUGUUGUUUUUAUGUUCAUUUGUGAGCUUAUAUUGUAUAAAAAUAGCUGUGUUUUGUGAGCUUAUAUAUUUUAUAAGAAAAGAUAAAAGAAGAGAAAAACAAAAAGGGUUAACUAUUUCAACGGGCCGAGCUGGUGCGCUGCUAAACACUUGAUCCUCCCCAACAUUUCUUUAAAUUAGGGUUUUCUUUCAGGCAGCCUUCUCUCUCUUUCUUCUCUAUUUUUCCUCUCUCGCCUAGUUCCAGUUGCACCGCUUUUCUAGACUCUUACCAUGUCGAGGACGAGGACUGCUGCUUCCGAGGCUCACGAUUCCAUGGAAUCUGAGGAAAGGGUAGACCUUGAUCCCGAGGAGACUCUUGAGGAGGAGUACGAGUACGAGGAAGUCGAAGAAGAGGAGGAGGUUGAAGAGGAGAUUGAAGAAGAGGUGGAAGUUGAAGUUGAAGAGGACGAGGAAGAGGAAGAAGAAGAAGAAGGAGAAAAGAAAAAGCAUGAUGAGCUCUUGGCACUUCCUCCUCAUGGCUCUGAGGUUUAUCUUGGUGGGAUUCCUACUGAUGCUUCUGAAGGGGACUUGAAGGCCUUCUGUGAGUCCAUAGGCGAAGUUACUGAGGUUAGGAUAAUGAGGGAGAAGGAGUCUGGCGAUGGAAAAGGGUACGCGUUUGUAACGUUUAGAAACAAGGACUUGGCUUCUGAAGCAAUCGAUACUCUUAAUAACACUGAGUUCAAGGGUAAGAGGAUAAAGUGUUCGACUACGCAAGCAAAGCACCGUCUCUUUCUUGGUAAUGUUCCUAGAAGCUGGACAGAGUCAGACAUUAAGAAAAAGGCAAGUGGAGUCGGUCCUGGCGUUCAAAAUGUCGAACUCCCAAAGGAUCCACAAAACGUGGGCCGGAAUCGUGGAUAUGCUUUCGUAGAGUACUACAACCAUGCAUGUGCUGAGUACUCCAAACAAAAGAUGUCAGAUCCGAGUUUCAAGCUUGAUGAUAAUGCCCCAACUGUUAACUGGGCUGAGUCGAGGAAUGGAGGAGGCGGAGACUCUUCUGCUGCGCAGGUCAAGGCAUUGUACAUCAAGAACUUGCCUAGAGAUAUAACACAAGAGCGUCUAAAGGCCUUAUUCGAACACCAUGGAAAAAUCUUGAAAGUGGUCAUACCACCAGCAAAGCCAGGGAAGGAAGACAGUAGAUACGGUUUUGUGCACUACGCUGAGAGGACAAGCGUCAUGAAAGCUUUGAAAAACACUGAAAGAUAUGAGAUUGAUGGUCACACUUUGGAUUGUACACUUGCAAAGCCUCAAGCGGAUCAAAAGGCGAAUACACCAACAGGUCAGAACAUGCAGAACUCACUGUUGCAACCAAACUAUCCUCCUCUUCUUGGUUAUGGCAUGGCUCCUAGUCCCUUUGGUGCUCUUGGUGGAUUUGGCGCUUCUCCUUACCCACAACCGUUAAUGCAUGCGGGAGGUCACGCAGCUGGUGGGAUGGCGAUGAUGCCAAUCAUGUUACCCGAUGGAAGAAUCGGCUACGUCUUACAACAGCCUGGACUAGCAGCAGUGCCACAACCUCCACCAAGGCAUUCACCACCGUAUAGGGGAAGCGGUUCCAGCAGCAGUAGCAGCAGCAAAAGAAGUAGCAGCGACAAUGGUAGAGGAAGAAGCCGUUACAAUCCUUAUUAGUGAUUUCAUCAUUUGCUUUUCAUUCUGGAAAAACAUCCCAGUCAACUCCCCAAAACAAAAAUCAGUUUUAACUUUUAAACAUUAUGUUUUUUUUCCUCUUCUUUCUGGUACAUGUGGUUUUGUAAUAUUAUUUGUUUAUUUAUGUUUUUAACUUUUUAUCCUUUUCCAAUUAUUUGUGUACUAUCCGAGCUUACUUUGGUAGUCGAUAUGAAUGAAAAAUCGCCAUCACUGUUCAGAAUUA